ACCCUUUUCCAGCCUAAAGAUCAAACUUCUCUCUGUACUGAAUUCCAAUGGCUGUAAGUAUCCCUUCUUCACCUCAAAUCACAAUCUGUACCUAACUUGAGGAAAAUGGUGGUGGAGUUGAAGGUAGGAAUGCACUGUGAGAAGUGCAUCAAAGCAAUCAAGAAGGCCAUCAAAAAAAUUGAGGAUAUUGAGACUUACAGGCUUGAUGCAGAGCUCAACAAGAUCACUGUGACAGGCAACGUUACACCUGACGAAGUAGUCAGGGUACUGCAGAAAAUUGGAAAAAAUGCCACUUCUUGGAACGAAGACUAAGAAUUAACGGAUGAGACUCACACCUUCCGAAGAUACUUUCUUCACAACCUUACAAUUAUUAUCUGGUGGAGGCCUUUGCACGUCUCAUACCUUUAGAAGAUACUUUCUUCGCAACUUUACAAUUAUUAUCUGGUGGAGGCGUUUCUACUUUAUAAAAUGAUUUAAAGCACACCAUAUCCUGUAUUAACAUGAGUAAUUUUAUCCUCGAAGUCUCUUGGUGAUUUCAGUAUUUUCUACUUCAUUAUUUUGUGGAAGCCGUGAUCAUGGGUUUUGUUGUUUGUCCAAGAUGAUCAUGAAGAUUGCUGGCAUUGAUAGAUUAUUUGCUAAGGGCCUGUUCGGUAUCGUAGUUGUUCUCGCAUUUUUGUUUCUCUACAAAUUAAUGAAACACCAUAUAGAGAUCGA